GUGGUCGGGAGUCAUGGCGGUGAACACUGUCAACAUAAAUCUUAUCCGCCUUAAAUGAGAAGUUGGACACGCGUGUGUGGCAUAAUGUACUCAGACAAGAAAAUAACAAAAGAAGACACAUGGAGACCUGAAGACUUAAGAAGGCAUCUGCAGGGUCAGGAUAGGAAGAGCCAGAGAAGAGAACGAUCCAAGCGAGAGGAGGUGCAGAGGACACACAGGACUGGAGAGUCAACGGAGCGCACACGGCAGGACUCAGAGACAGAUGUAAGGAGGGAGAGAGAGAGACAGAGGGAGAAAGAAAGCACAAGCGAGAGAACAAAUCUAAGAGAGCCAGAGAAGGAGAGGGAAGAGGAGAGCAGGAGGAAAGAGAAGAGGGAGAAGGAGAGGAGAAAAGAGCGAGAAAGGGUUGGGGAGCACCUGGGAUGGGAGAGGAGAACUGAACGAGAUGACAAAGAGACCAAAGACAGAGAGGAGAAGCAAAUUCAGAGGUAUAAAAAGAGAGACGAGAAGCUGGGGAGAUACAAAGAGAGAGACAGGGAGAAAGAAAGAUACAGGGAUAAAGACAGAGAGGCAGAGAGAGAUAGAUGGAAAGAGAAGGAAAGAGAAAAGCAGAGAAAAGGCAGAGAAAAGAAUAGAGAGAGGGGGGGGAGGAAAGACUAUGACUGGGAGAAAGAGAGGGAAGGUGGAGAGAGAGAAAAAGAAAGAGAGAGGGAGAGAAGGAGGGCAGAGCGAGGCAAAGAGGAAAAGGCAGAAAAGGAAAGAGGAAAAGAAAAGGAGGGAAGUGUGGAAGACAAGCACAGGGAGAAAGAGAAAGAGCAUGAAAGAGAGAGGAGAGAAAGGCACAGAGAGAGGGAGUAUUCACAAGAACAGGAAGAAUGGAGAGAGCGAAAAAGACGAGAGAAGGCUGGACACAGACAGCUGUCUGGACCUGUGGACAGAGAGGAAAGAGAGAGGAGAAAAAGAGAGAAAGAACUCUGGGAAGCAGAGGAAAAUGGUGGAGCCCUCCAUAAUGCUCGAGAAGCAGAGCGUCACAACCACCACCACCACCACCCCGGUGGGGAGGGUGGAGCAGACAGAGACAGAACGAGGGAGAGAGAGAAGCAUAAAGAAAAGAGAUAUGAGGACUCCAAGAGCAGCCAUGGCAACAGAGACCAAGGGGUGGAGAGUGAUGAGGUGGGAGGAAUGAAGAAUGAGGACUACGAGGAGGAUUUUGAGGAUUAUGAGGAAGACUUUGAAGAGGUGGAUGAAGAUGAAGGAAAGGAAGAAGAGGAGGAUGAAAAUGGAGAGAGUGAAGGAUGGAGGGAGCUGAGCGCUCACAGGAGCGAUGAGAUCAAGGCCAUCCAGAGAGCAAUGGAGGAGGAGAAUGAGCUGGUUAGCGCCACCCUUACACGGCCCCCAACCAAAGAGGCUGAAGCAGCCCACAGAGAUUUACUGAGUGCUCAAACAGAGAGGCGUCCAGCCAGGGUCCAAACACAUGGCAGGGUGAUUGACUUCACAGCAGCGAGGCAGAGGGAGGUCAGCCAGCAGGCUGCCCGGAGACAGCAGAAACGCAGCGUGGAGCUCUUACGUUUGAUUGAGUUGGAUUUUUCUGUGACGGAGUCUCUCCUGGACCUUCCCCCAGUCAGCGAGUAUGACAUGUACAUCAAAAGCUUUGGAAUGAGCAACACAAAGCAGGUCUAUGUGCAGUGUAAUGAAGACAACACAGACCAGGACACACAGACUGAGGAGCCUGACACCCAUGAGAAGUGGACCUUACACCCAGCCGAGACCAACGCCGUGUCUGGAGGCCCCAAAGUUUCCCAGAAUGCUCAAGAGUCUGUGGCCUGGAUGAACGGUGAUUCAAAGCGACUUUCCACGUUUCUGCACUCUGCAGCGCAGGUGAUCGCAGUACUGUUAGAGGAGAAUAGGACAGGGAGUGACUCUGUAAAAGGCCUGGACUCUCACAUAGACUCCCUCUCCUGCAGUGACAGAACCCUUCAACUCAACACCAAACUCCCCUUAAUACAUGGUCGGCAGGUCACGCUGCUUCACUUCUCCAAUGUGCAGGUGCACAUCUUGCUCUCGGUCCACGCUCCGCGCUGCGGCCCGAGUGAAGAUACACUCGAUACACACACACUGCUGUGUGUGUGGAACAUCUGGGAGCCGUCUGCUCCCCAGAAAUUCCUCAUCUGUGAAGCUGAGGUGCAGUCUUGUUGUUUCAGUCCUGGUCAGCUCUCUCUGGUGUUUGCGGGGACGGCUGUGGGUUCAGUCUUGCUGUGGGAUCUGAGGGAACAUUCUGGCUCUCACAUGUGCCUGAGAGUGAACACAGAGGAGUGGACACUACGCUAUCCAACCUUCUCCACCGAUGCUGUGCUAUCGGUGGCGGGGCAUCUAUCCUCCGUGGUGUCAGUCGAGCCUGUCCUGGUCACUAUGGAGGCAGAGUUUAGGGGGCCCCUGCUAGCAGCCCAGGAAGAGUCCCUGGGCCUAUCCUUCCAGUUAGGAUCCCUGGAUGAAAAUGGCCUCCUGAUUCUCUGGGUUGUAGUUGAGCUGCCAAAAGCUGAUGAUUCUGGAUCCCAGACAGAUCUGGGUUUGAGACCAGGGGGAAAGGUUAAACUUCUUCACAGUUCCUCUCUACAGACAUGUGACGGCUCUACCUCUCGAGGGGUUGCAGAGGUCACAGAGGUCAUGCCUCACCUAAGCCUCCUGCUGAGGUUUCUACCCUCAGACUCUAACCACUACUUCAUUGGCACCAACAUGGGGCAGGUGAAGCGAGGCACUAGACAUGGCCUCCGCGUUGUCCCGAAGCUCUACACACCUGCAGAGGGCAUGAGACCAGCAGAGGUCACCGCACUAGACUUCUGCCCCAACAGAGAGCCCUUCUUCCUGGUGGGCUGCAGUGAUGCUACGGUCCGCCUCCACUCCCUUGUGCGGGCGGAGCCUAUGUGUGGGUGGUCUGUGGGUUCUGGCAGUGUGCCCACUCACACUGUGUGCUGGUGCCAGACCCGACUCACUGUGUUCUUCGUUCUGGACGCCACGUCAGUCCUGCACGUGUGGGACCUGGCAGAAAGAGAGGACGGUCCAAUCAGCUCGGAGAACCUGCACCCAGACCGGGUGACAGGCAUGGCGGUGUUUGGAGACGCAGACAAUCGGCGCUCAUCCUCAGGCUUUGCUCUGGUCAGGCAGUCCGGCAGAUUGGAGAUCCACUUCCUGAAACAAUCCCUUGCGCUUUUCCGGACAUCUGACAUGAAAACACUACGCUCCCUGGCACACAACAUGCUCUAAACACUCCUUGGCACACAACACAUUCAGAACACUCCCUGGAACACACUCCCUGGCACACAACAUGCUCUAAGCACUCCUUGGCGACCCGUACUGAAAGUGUGAGGAGAGAAACUGCAGUGGACCAGCCCAGAGUUAAGCAGCCCUACUCCUGGAGAUCUACCACGCUGCUCUGAUCUACUGCAGAGUUUAUCUAAUAUACCUGAUUCAGCUCAUAUGGGCUGCAUAUGCUCUUUGGUAUCUCAGUCUCAUGUUGGAGAUGAGGGAGCUGCUCUGGUAGGCGUUUCACCACACAUGUGAACAGGUGAUCCACACAUACACAGUAACGCUGGAAACAGCCAGUCUGGCCUGCCUGUGCAGAGUCCACUGGGACGAAUACGUCUGUUAAUGUCCCCUAUCGCUCAGACUAUGGCUCACUCACAGUGGGAAGUCCAAGGUUAACGAUGGAGACCGCAUGUGGGUGGAGCUAGCACCGCCACACCUGUGCAGGGCAGGUGUCCAGGACAGGUGGGGUGCAAAUCUGUUACUGCUUACUCUCUGGCCUGUCUGUUAGUGACAUUACUGAACCCUUACCCCCCAGAAUGACCCAAACCACUAAACAUCACUAAAUACACAUUAUCAGUAAAUAAACAAACUUUUUGGUUCGUU